AGUCGCGUUGGACUCUUCGCAAGAUUGUAGGCAAACAUAGCCGGAGCUUCAGCAAACGUAACAGCAUGGAGCUGCCCGAAAUUCGCGAUCUUUCCAAAGUGGUUGAACAACACUUAUCGGGAGCCCGUCUCCUAAACUAUCGCUCAAAAAGCCUGACGCAACCGGGCGACAACUACGGAAGCACUCUCUUGGCGAUUCAUGCGCAGCUGCAGCGACCCGACGGGCAGCUGUUGGAGAAGGAGCUAGUGGCCAAGGUGCCUCCGACAGACCCCAAGUACUGGCAGUUCUUUCAGCCCGAGCGGACAUGCCUCACAGAGAACGCCGUCUACAAGAUCUUGGCCCCUGCCCUGGCCCUCCUCCAGGACGAGGCUGGCAUCCCUGCAGAGAGCCAAUUCAAGGCAUUUCCCCGCUAUUACGGCUCACGCGAGUCCCUCGAUCCUAGCUCCUCCAAGGUGGAUCAGAACGCCGUGCUGGUGCUGGAGAAUCUGCGCAGCCGGGGCUUCGUUCCCGGCCAGAGGCUGCAACCCUUCGACUUGCCCCACACGCUGUUUGCCCUCAGACAUAUGGCCGAGUUCCACGCCCUUCCUCUGGCACUGCGCCUUCUCAAGCCUGAGGUAUUCCGCGAACAGGUGCGCCCCUUCUUUGAAAAGUUUGAUUGGCAUGCUGCGGCGCCCGAGUGGAAGGCAAUAAUGAAGGCAGAGACCCUCGAGGACAUUCGACGAGCCACCAACAACGAUACCAAACUGGUGGCCCAUAUUAGGGAGUUGUCUGACAAGUUCUUUGAGUUUUUGGCCACCGCCCCAGACAGACCCGAUGGUCCGUUUUGCAGUAUUAUACACUGUGACUUCUGGACAAACAAUCUGAUGUUUCGUUACGAGCCCUCUGGAACCCCCAUCGACCUGAAAAUAAUCGACUUCCAGACGGCACAGUACGAUUCCGUGGUGCAUGACAUAAUCUCGUUUCUGUUAUCAAGCGUUGAUACGGCUAUCUUAGAGAUACACUUUGAACACAUGUUGGAAGUCUACUACGAGGUGUUCGUGGGUUGUCUGCGCCGUGUGGGGGCGGAUCUGGCUUGUCACACUAACAAAGCGUUUCGAGCGGAAGUGAAGCGGGUGGCGUACAUUCAAGUGCCCCACGCCAUCUUCAUGACGCGCUUCAUUUUGGCAGACAAUGCAGUCGGCGAGACAGCGGAAAUCUGCGAGCUUUCGGAUGUGCUGAAGAACCCGGGAUCGGAGCGCAUAAGCCGCAAACUGAGCCAGAUUCUAAGUUUGGCCCAAAAGUUUGACAUACUGUACUAGGGCAAUAAAUUGAUUCCUAAUGGUCAGCUCUAAUUGACUAAUGGGAAUCUGAUGGAUAGGACUAAUUGUUUUAUUAUUCUCCAAGCUGGGUUGGCCAACAGUAAGCCGAUUCAAUGGCCAUCAGUCAAAGGGAACAUGCGCGCUUCGUGGGGCACGGUGUUGACCAUCACGGCUUGGAUGGUACUGUUUAGGAUUAGCGAGGUAAAGAGCAAGGAGGUCUGUAUUCAAAUAAAAGUCCCAAAGAAGUAUUUACUUUAUUUCAAUGUUUUGGCUAGAGCUGCUAUUACUUGAGGUUUACCUAUGCUAAUUGGACGGAUGACAGACCUCGGUUCGUGGUGAACAUGACUUUCUCGAACCAGACUGGCAUCGGCUCUGUC